AUGGAAAAUAAGAAAAAAAUGUUAGAUGUUAUAAAGGAAAAGUAUGACCUUCCUCCUGGAACAGAAAGUUGGACACUACGUUCAAUAUCAAAAAAAUGGAGAAAUUGGAAGUCAGAACUUAAAAAGAAGUAUUAUGAUCCUGAGUUACCAAUGCAAGUUCUUCUGGAAGAAAGAGAUAACAGAGCUUUGGUAGAGCAAUAUGUGAAAUUAGUUAUUCAGUGGAAUUCAGAAAAAUCAAAGGGAAAAGAAAGGGGACGCCCUCCAUCACGAGUCGAAUUAUUCCAUGCUUGCUUUACUCAUGCUAAUGGAAGCCCCUCAAGCAACAUUGUGGCGGAAAAAUUGGCUGCAAUGAAAGAACUAGAAAAUCAACUUCCUGAAGACGAGGAUGAUCAAGUUGGUCAAAAUGACAUAUUUGCUCAAAUUAUUGGACCAGAUAGACCAGGUCGAGUACGUAUGUUUGGUGAUGGUGUUAACCCAUCUGAUUUAUGGGGAGAAGUUCCAAGCCGUAGUACAUGCAACCGAAUAGUGAUGGAGCAAAGGACAAAGUUAGAAAAAAUGGAUAAACAAGUUGGAUGCUCUGUCUCGAUAAAAAGUCUAUUUGAUUCGAUGAAAAUUGUGGCAAAAGGAGUUGUUCAUAGCAUGGAUCCAAAUACUGAAGUAGGAAGACAGGCAUUGGGACCAAAUUGGUGUGAAAUACAAGUUCUAGUUGUCUUAGAACGGGAAGAGAGUUUGAUUAGGCCAUAUGAUCUUUUACAAAGGUUUGAGGAUACACUUGGAGGAAUGAUAGCUUGGCCUUGCCAUCUGUUGACAGUUAAUGAAGAAGACUUCUACUAG